UGUGUGUGUGUGUGUCAUCUCUCCUCUCUGUGUCUGCAGUGAUAGAGGAGAAGGGAGUGAAGAUGAAGCUCACAGUGAUUGACACGCCAGGAUUUGGAGACCAGAUAAACAACGAGAACUGUUGGGAGCCUAUAGUGAGUUAUGUUAAUGAGCAGUAUGAAAGGUACCUGAAAGAAGAGCUGUACGUCAACAGGAAGCCGAGGAUCCCUGACACACGCGUCCACUGCUGUGUCUACUUCCUGCCUGCCACCGGACACUGGUUACGUCCCAUAGACGUGGAGUUCAUGAAGAGGCUGGGGAAGAUAGUCAGCAUCGUACCGAUCAUCGCGAAGGCAGAUACACUCACCAUGGAGGAGAGACAAGAGUUUAAACAGAGGAUAAGACAGGACCUGAAGGCCAAUGGGAUCCGAGUCUACCCUCAGACUGAGUACGACGAAGAUCCAGAGGACAGGAUACUAAACGACAAGAUCAGGGAAAACAUUCCGUUUGCGGUGGUGGGGACAGACAAGGAACACCAGGUAAACGGGAACAAGGUCCUGGGCAGGAAAACCAAAUGGGGCAUCAUAGAGGUUGAAAACGUGGCACAUUGUGAGUUUACCAACUUGAGAGAUCUGCUGAUUAGGUCCCACCUGCAGGACCUGAAGGACGUGACCCACAACAUCCACUAUGAGACAUUCCGCGUCAGGAGACUGAACGAGAGUAACCUGACCGUCCACGGUCUGGCCCUGUCCUGCUUUCCAAUGGAGAACGGGACCCACGGAACCAACGGAACCAAUGGAACCUCGGACAGGAGCGAAUCAGAGAGCCACCUCUGAGGGGGAAUCACAGAGUGCGUCGCACACAGCAGCAGCUCCAGCUUCCUGCUCACAGCUUCCUGUUUCCUGUUUUGACUGCAAAAUGGUUGGUCGACCGUUUCCCCCAAUCGGAACACGAGAAAGAGAGCGAAAGAAAGAAAGAGGAACUCUUUUUUUUUAACAAAGGAGAGAUGUUUUCGGUGGCCACCACACCUUGGAUUUUGAACAUUUUAUUGAGUUUUACUAAAGACAUUAUUGAUAAGAAAUGCAUUUAAACUUCAUAUAUGAAUAUAUUUUCUCAGAAUGAGUUUAUAUGUCCUGGAAGCAGGGUCACACAGGGCUGGAAGAGCAGAGAUACAUGGAGAGAGAAAAACAGAGGGGGAGAGUGAGGGAUGGAGAGGGGAAGAGUGGGGAGAGUGAGGGAUGGAGAGGGGGAGAGUGAGGGAUGGAGAGAGAAAAACAGAGGAGGAGAGUGAGGGAUGGAGAGGGGGAGAGAGGGAUGGAGAGGGGGAGAGUGAGGGAUGGAGAGGGGAAGAGUGAGGGAUGGAGGGGGGGAGAUUAAUGGAUGGAGAGGGGGAGAUUGAUGGAUGGAGAGGGGGGGAGUGGGGGAUGGAGAGAGAAAUGAAAACAGAGAGAGGGAGAGAGAGGUAGGGUGAGAGAUGGAGAGAGAGAGGGAUGGUGAGAUAGAGAGAGAGAGAGGGAGAGAGAGAGAGAGAGAGAGAGAGAGAAAACAGAGAGGGGAGAGAGAGGAGGAAGUGUGUUUUAUGUGCUCAGAUCAAUGUUGUUUCUGUAAUACAUAAUAUAUAUGUUUAUGCAGUAUCAUUGUUUACACUCAUACUACCCUGGAAUUCAGAAUACUGGAAUCACCUCCCCGAGAGCCUCUUGUUUCUACAGUAUACUGUAGCUAACACAGCUACAGCCUCCUGUUUCUACAGUAUACUGUAGCUAACACAGCUACAGCCUCCUGAUUCUACAGUAUACUGUAGCUAACACAGCUACAGCCUCCUGUUUCUACAGUAUACUGUAGCUAACACAGCUACAGCCUCCUGUUUCUACAGUAUACUGUAGCUAACACAGCUACAGCCUCCUGAUUCUACAGUAUACUGUAGCUAACACAGCUACAGCCUCCUGUUUCUACAGUAUACUGUAGCUAACACAGCUACAGCCUCCUGUUUCUACAGUAUACUGUAGCUAACACAGCUACAGCCUCCUGUUUCUACAGUAUACUGUAGCUAACACAGCUACAGCCUCCUGUUUCUACAGUAUACUGUAGCUAACACAGCUACAGCCUCCUGAUCUACAGUAUACUGUAGCUAACACAGCUACAGCCUCCUGUUUCUACAGUAUACUGUAGCUAACACAGCUACAGCCUCCUGUUUCUACAGUAUACUGUAGCUAACACAGCUACAGCCUCCUGUUUCUACAGUAUACUGUAGCUAACACAGCUACAGCCUCCUGUUUCUACAGUACCCACGUCCAUUCAGCUACAGCCUCCUGUAUUCUACAGUACCCACGUCCAUUCAGCUACAGCCUCCUGUAUUCUAGAGUACCCACGUCCAUUCAGCUACAGCCUCCUGUAUUCUACAGUACCCACGUCCAUUCAGCUACAGCCUCCUGUAUUCUAGAGUACCCACGUCCAUUCAGCUACAGCCUCCUGUAUUCUAGAGUACCCACGUCCAUUCAGCUACAGCCUCCUGUAAUCUACAGUACCCACAUCCAUUCAGCUACAGCCUCCUGUAUUCUAGAGUACCCACGUCCAUUCAGCUACAGCCUCCUGUAUUCUACAGUACCCAGGUCCAUUCAGCUACAGCCUCCUGUAUUCUACAGUACCCACGUCCAUUCAGCUACAGCCUCCUGUAUUCUACAGUACCCACGUCCAUUCAGCUACAGCCUCCUGUAUUCUACAGUACCCAGGUCCAUUCAGCUACAGCCUCCUGUAUUCUACAGUACCCAGGUCCAUUCAGCUACAGCCUCCUGUAUUCUACAGUACCCAGGUCCAUUCAGCUACAGCCUCCUGUAUUCUACAGUACCCAGGUCCAUUCAGCUACAGCCUCCUGUAUUCUAGAGUACCCACGUCCAUUCAGCUACAGCCUCCUGUAUUCUACAGUACCCACGUCCAUUCAGCUACAGCCUCCUGUAUUCUACAGUACCCACGUCCAUUCAGCUACAGCCUCCUGUAUUCUACAGUACCCAGGUCCAUUCAGCUACAGCCUCCUGUAUUCUACAGUACCCAGGUCCAUUCAGCUACAGCCUCCUGUAUUCUACAGUACCCACGUCCAUUCAGCUACAGCCUCCUGUAUUCUAGAGUACCCACGUCCAUUCAGCUACAGCCUCCUGUAUUCUACCGAGGGUCGAGUGUCUGUGUGUUUUUGUUUUUUCCCAAUUCAAUUAAAACCUAGACAACCAGAUGAAGGGAGAUCCUAAUUAAUUAGUGACCUUAAUUCCUCCAGCAAGAACGAGGGUUGGAGCGAAAACCUGCAGACCUCCGUGCAAUGAGUUCGUGGUCUGUUUGCUACUGUGUGAAAUCCUGCAAUGUGGCUGUUUGAAUUCCUCCCCGUUUCUAUGGCAGCCUUUUUUAAAACUCUGUUUGAAUACUGUCAGAGCCGUAGCCUAGCCUGUGUAUGGCUUAUGAACCUCUCUCUAUAACACGGUCUGAAUACUGUCAGAGCCGUAGCCUAGCCUGUGUAUGGCUUAUGAACCUCUCUCUAUAACACGGUCUGAAUACUGUCAGAGCCGUAGCCUAGCCUGUGUAUGGCUUAUGAACCUCUCUCUAUAACAUGGUCUGAAUACUGUCAGAGCCGUAGCCUAGCCUGUGUAUGGCUUAUGAACCUCUCUCUAUAACACGGUCUGAAUACUGUCAGAGCCGUAGCCUAGCCUGUGUAUGGCUUAUGAACCUCUCUCUAUAACACGGGCAUAGGCCUGUAAUAUAUUCAGACGCUGCAUUUCAUUUAAUACGACAUGUUGACUUUAAAAAUAAAAAGAAGAAGAAGAAGAAAAUGUAUUUUUUUCAGGAAAAGUAUUUUUUGUUUUGUUACCUUUUCCACCUGCGGUAAACGUCGAGUCACACAUACAUGUCCAAACACACGUGUCCAUCCAUACGUACACAGUCCAGUUUACCCCCAGGGGUCUUUCUGUGUUGUGUAUAGAGGGACCUCCUUUAUAGAUCCCUUCUGUCUCCAUCCCCGAUGGCGAGCUGUGCUGUUUGGAGAGAGGGCUAUACCUAGAGGCCAAGUGGAGGAAUGACCCCGGGAGUCAGAGGCAAGAGGACACAAACUGUACUCUCUCUCUCACCAAAGUGUCUCGGAUUGCAAAAUUCCCAGUAGCUCUCAAUUAUACUAUUUUAUGGGAGAUAACAAUAAAUGAUGCAGACAGGAUUAGAUUAGACCAGGUUACCCUCCUCUGUUUUAUGGCUUUGAAUGUGCCUAACUGUAACUUAGAGACCCCAACUUCCUGUUUUAACGUUGACACGUGAAAUGUGAUGCUAGGAGGAAGGUUUUCCCGGACACAGAUUAAAGCCCACUUCGUCCUCCUUCUCCAUUGAACGUGUCUCGUAGUGAUGCUAGGAGGAAGGUUUUCCCGGACACAGAUUAAAGCCCACUUCGUCCUCCUUCUCCAUUGAACGUGUCUCGUAGUGAUGCUAGGAGGAAGGUUUUCCCGGACACAGAUUAAAGCCCACUUCGUCCUCCUUCUCCAUUGAACGUGUCUCGUAGUGAUGCUAGGAGGAAGGUUUUCCCCAUUUCCUGUCCUGUCCUCACAGACUGACUGCCUCUUUAACUACUGAUCAGCUGUCUGUUUUUAGACCCGGAUCACUAGAUCAUCACCCACUGUCGUCCAUUAAAAAGGUACAUUGAUUCCCUCAUUUACAUACCUAGUGUUGACCUGGUACACAGCCUCUUCAGCUGUGGGCUGCCUAUAACAUACACAGAGACACACACACACACACACACACAGACACAGACACAGACACACACACGCACACAGACACACACACACAGACACACACAGACACACACUCACACUCACACACACACCCAUGACGUGACAAUGUUUGUGUUGUUGUUCAUCUCCUGUCUCUGAUGUUUUAUAGUGUUGUAGCCUAAUGUUCUGUACUCUGCCUCCUGAUAGGACCCUUGUUUUACACAUUAAUAAACACAGUUGAUCUACCA